UGAUUUUCUCUUAACAAAGGAGAUAUGCACAUGCACCCCUUGUUUACUUCAAUUCUGUGAUCGUCAGUGGAUUGGUCAACGCACUUGUUUUUUGAAUUUUUUCCCCCUUGGAUUGGUCAAUGCUAAAAUUCCAUGAGGCUCCCUUUAGAUCCAUCGUAUUCGCUCUCUUCAAGAACAAGAAUCAGAUAGAGAACAUUUCCAUUUUCACGAAUGCAGCGGAAGUGAAAAUUCGGAUCAACCAUUCGGAAGUGAAAAUGUCUCUCUUCUCCUCACCGUUGAUCUAUCUGUUAGUUCUCUCCGGCUUCGUCAACGCAAUCAACAGCUUGCAAUUCACCAUCACCGAAGCCACCAUCGACGACAUCCAACGCGCCUUCACCGCAAAGGAACUCACGUCAAGACAACUGGUUGACUUGUACCUGGGCCAGAUAGCGAGGUUGAAUCCCCUGCUUCGCAGCGUGCUGGAAGUGAAUCCAGACGCGCGGGAUCAAGCGGACCAGGCCGAUCGCGAGAGGGAGGAGGCGGCCAUUCAGUGCCCGCGGUCCUUAGGGCAGCUUCAUGGCAUCCCGGUGCUGCUCAAGGACAGUAUAGCCACUGAGGACGCGCUAAACACCACGUGUGGAUCGUACGCGCUGCUGGGAUCGAAGGUACCAAGGGACUCAGGCGUGGUCGAGCGUUUGAGAAGGGCUGGGGCUGUAAUCUUGGGAAAAGCUAGUCUCACUGAGUGGUACGGUUGUCGGUCCACCACGAUACCUGAUGGCUGGUGUGCUCGAGGCGGACAAGGCGUGAAUCCUUAUGUGGAAUCGGGGGACCCAUGCGGGUCAAGCAGUGGACCCGCAAUAUCAGUGGCAGCAAACAUGGUAUCAGUGUCACUAGGGACUGAAACUGAUGGUUCUAUCGUCUGCCCAGCUGAUCACAACUCGGUUGUAGGACUCAAACCCACUGUUGGUCUCACAAGCCGAGCAGGCGUCAUUCCAAUCACGCCCCGUCAGGACUCAAUUGGGCCCAUCUGCAGGACGGUAACAGAUGCAGUUUAUUUGCUCGAUGCAAUUGUGGGCUUUGAUCCGAGGGAUUAUGAAGCAACAAAGGCAGCAGCUAAGUUCAUACCUGCAGGUGGUUAUAGCCAAUUUCUUAAUGUAGAUGGUCUCAAAGGAAAGAGAUUGGGUGUUGUGAGGAAUCCGUUUUUGGACUCUUAUAAUGGAUCCACUGCCAUUCUGGCCUUCGAGCAUCAUCUCCAUGUUUUAAGGCAAAGAGGUGCAACCAUUUUGGAUAAUCUGGAAAUAGCAGAUAUUGAUACAAUUAUGAAUCCCUCUCAAAGUGGCGAGUUAAUUGCAACGCUGGCAGAGUUCAAGCUCUCCAUCAAUAAUUACCUGGAAGAACUCAUCAACUCUACGGUGAGAUCACUGUCAGACAUCAUUGCCUUCAACCUGAAUAACCCUGACCUGGAAAUGAUGAAAGAAUACGGCCAGGAUUAUUUCCUUGCAUCAGAGAUGACAACUGGGAUUGGGGAGGAAGAGAUAAAGGCAAUCGAGAGGAUGGAAAACUUGUCAAAAGAUGGGUUUGAGAAACUGAUCAAGGACAAUAACUUGGACGCAAUGGUGACGCUAGGCCCAGACGCUUCCACAGUGCUAGCGAUUGGAGGUUACCCUGGAAUCACUGUUCCCGCCGGGUAUGAAAGCGAUGGAAUGCCAUUUGGGAUCUUGUUCGGUGGGUUAAAGGGUACCGAACCAAAGCUAAUUGAGAUUGCUUACGCUUUUGAACAAGCCACGAUGGCGCGGAGGCCACCUCCGUCCUUGUAAAAAUCCUCCCUCUGAUUGUGUAAGUUUUUGCAUUUUUCGUGUCAUUGGAACAGAAAGUACACUAACGUCGUUUUCCUCUUGACUUAGCAAAAACAAAAACCUAUUAAAAUAAAUUCACGAGAAUAAAAGAGGAAGGGUCCAUUUUUGCUAA